AUGCUGGAUACUCGCGGUCGCGAUUGUCUCAGCCAAGGUUUCAUAUACAGUAAGCAAUUUCGGGAGCCGCGUGCUCUAGUCGUAUACCACAAUCUUCACUGUCUGGAUGCACUGCGUGAGGUGUACUAUGCCGCCGUGAACGGGACACUUGCACAGCGGGAUGGAGGGCACCAUCAUCAUGAGAAAGACGCGGAGCAUGUUCGCCACUGCCUGGACUACCUACGCCAGAGUGUGAUGUGUGCAGCAGACACGAACUUGGAGCCCGUGGUGAAUGAGCUGGCGAGCGGCGGUGAUCUCUUCACGACUGGCUGGGGGUUUUAUCGGGAAUUGCCGCGAUAUAGAACGUGUGAAGGCGUGGGCGAGCGCGAACGCGUUAGAGAAGAGUUUGUGACAACCGCCGCCGUGGGAGGUUGA